AGAGAGAGAGAGAGAGAGGGGGGGAGAGAGAUAGAGAGGGAGAGAUUGUGAAAAGACCGGCAGGAGGAGUGGGACUUGCUAUAAGGACACUAGCGACUCUUAAAAUCCAGCCGCUCCUCUAUUUUUACGCAGGAGAUUUGAAGAAACAAACAACAAAACAGGAGGAGCUGUGAUUGAAGCCUGAUAGAGAAAAGUAGCCUAACAUCGCCGGUAUUUUGACAUCUUUUUAAAUUAUUCUCAGCGGCAGAGACACUUGGGGACAGAGGGACCUACCAUGACAAGGGCUGUGGAUAUUGUGCUGACUGUGCUGCUCGCCGUGUCCCUCUCGUGCCGGAGCGCCCUCGGCGGCUACGGGAUGAGCCUGUUCGCGGCGCAGACCUCUCCCCCGGACCCCUGCUACGACGAGCACGGCAACCCGCGGCGCUGCAUCCCGGACUUCGUCAACUCCGCCUUCGGGAAGGAAGUGAAGGUGUCCAGCACCUGCGGCAAGACGCCCAGCCGCUACUGCGUGGUGACAUCGGCGGAGAAAGGAGACGAGAGGACCAGGAACUGUCACACCUGCGAUGCCUCGGAUCCCAAGAAGUACCACCCUCCGGCGUACCUGACGGACCUCAACAACCCACACAACCUCACCUGCUGGCAGUCCGAGAACUUCAUCCAGUACCCGCAAAAUGUCACCCUGACUCUGUCCCUCGGCAAGAAGUUUGAGGUCACUUAUGUGAGCCUGCAGUUCUGCUCGCCUCGACCUGAAUCCAUGGUUAUUUACAAGUCCAUGGACUACGGUAAAACUUGGGUACCCUUUCAAUUUUACUCGACCCAGUGCAGAAAGAUGUACAACAAGCCAAACAGGGCCGUUAUCACGAAGCAGAACGAGCAGGAGGCCGUCUGCACGGACUCCCACACCGACAUGUACCCUCUGACCGGCGGGCUCAUCGCCUUCAGCACGCUGGACGGCAGACCGUCGGCGCACGACUUUGACAACUCCCCGGUGCUGCAGGACUGGGUAACGGCCACUGACAUUAAAGUCAUCUUCAGCCGGUUGCACACUUUCGGCGACGAGAACGAGGACGACUCGGAGCUGGCCCGGGACUCGUACUUCUACGCCGUGUCGGACCUGCAGGUCGGAGGGAGAUGCAAAUGCAACGGGCACGCGUCUCGGUGCGUAAAGGACCGGGAUGGGAGUCUUGUGUGUGAGUGCAAGCACAACACUGCCGGGCCGGAGUGCGACAGGUGCAAACCUUUCCACUACGACAGACCGUGGCAGAGAGCUACAGCCAGGGAGGCCAACGAGUGUGUCGCCUGCAACUGUAACCUUCACGCCCGAAGGUGUCGUUUCAACAUGGAGCUGUACAAGCUGUCGGGAAGGAAGAGCGGAGGAGUCUGCCUCAACUGUCGCCACAACACAGCUGGACGCCACUGCCACUACUGCAAGGAGGGCUACUACAGAGACCUGUCCAAACCUAUCUCACACAGGAAAGCCUGCAAAGCAUGUGAUUGCCAUCCCGUGGGUGCUGCUGGCAAAACCUGUAACCAAACCACAGGACAAUGUCCCUGUAAAGACGGCGUGACUGGUAUCACGUGCAACCGCUGUGCUAAAGGCUACCAGCAGAGCCGCUCGCCCAUUGCCCCCUGCAUAAAGAUUCCAGUUGCACCUCCUACAACCCCAUCCACCAUUACAGAGGAGCCAUCAGACUGCGACUCUUAUUGCAAAGCGUCUAAAGGCAAACUGAAGAUCAACAUGAAGAAGUACUGCAAGAAAGAUUACGCUGUCCAGGUGCACAUCCUGAAGGCAGACAAAGCUGGCGAGUGGUGGAAGUUCACCGUCAACAUCAUCUCCGUCUACAAGCAGGGUGAGAGCCGCAUCCGCCGCGGGGACCAGUUCCUGUGGGUCCGUGCCAAAGACGUGGCCUGCAAGUGUCCCAAGAUCAAGCCUGGGAAGAAGUACCUGCUGCUGGGGAAUGACGAGGCCUCCCCCGGGCAGAGCGGAGUGGUGGCAGACAAGGGCAGCCUGGUUAUCCAGUGGAGGGACACAUGGGCACGCAGGCUCAGAAAGUUCCAGCAGCGUGAGAAGAAAGGCAAGUGCAAGAAGCCAUAAGCGGAAAAAGAUGGAGAGGAAUACCGGAGAGGGAGAGGAAUUCAAGAGAAAAGCUGAGCGGGUCAUUUAAAAAAAAAAAAAAAACAAAGUGAAAGAGAGGCAGACAAGAGGACCACAGACAGACAAGAGACUGUUUAUGUCGCUGCUUUUUUGUGUAGAAGCAUGAAGAGAAUUAUUUAGGAUGAUUUGUUUUUCUAGUGAACUUUUGUUGAAGGAGCUCACCUUGCAGAUUUGGUUUUAUGGUUUAUUUUACUUUGAGAUUUGUCUCUUUUGUGGAUUUGCCGGAUUUGCACCUAUUACCAGCAUAUAAAGUUAUUUGUGUUCGUUUUCUUUAUCUCAGUAUGAAAUCAUUAUAUUUUAUGUUUUAAUUUUAUGGACAUUUUCUGCUGGUGCAAAAAUGACAGAAAAAGCCACUUAAUUACCACUGCAAUUUCGCCUCUGCAUGGUUUUGUCUUAUUGUACUCUUAGCUAAGAAGCAAGCUUGUUUCAUCAAGUCUUCCCUGAUGUGAUUGAGGCAGUAAUAUUUCCUCCAUUAAGAAUUGUGCCAUAAAAACAAUAGUUUGUAUUAUUACAAACAUACAGAAAUGCAUAGUACAUUUAGCUGUCAAUGAGUUGUCACUCCUUCCCUCUGUUGUACAAAUUCAGGUAUAUCUGCAACUCAUGAAACAAGAAAUCUGUUGUCCUACAUUUUUAGCUGUCAGGACUUAGACUUAGUCCUGACAACUAACAAAUUUAGAAUAUGCAAGUGACAGAAGAGAACCAAGGAUAAAAGACAGUAUUAACUAAAGCAUUUUUGACCUGAUUAAUCUCGAGCAUAUUUUUACUCCACUAUUUGCCCCUUCAGAAUUUACUGGUUAAAUUUUGGUCGUUCAGUAUUUGUACAAACCUGCAUGUGAACGCUUCUCAUAUGAGACUGUAAUGUUCAAUUCACUAACAGGUGCUGCUUGUGAUACUUAUGUUAAAAUUAUGCUUUUUGGGAUGACAAACUGCAUUUAAAAUCACUAAUUUCACUUUCAGUACUUACAGUAACUGUGAUUUUUUAUUUUUUUAUUUCACAACUCCAGCAGGAGUUUAACAACCGACUUACAAAAGGACAAGAGGCCAGCCACAUUGAUUGUUAUAAAAAUACUAGGAAAAUAUUCACAAAAUCACGAGUUAUUACUGGGUAGAGCUAAUAGAAAUAAAUAAUAAUAAAUAUGGGUUCUUUAGCGGCUACAAAAUAAAAUGCCAAAUGUUUGUUUUAAUUCAUCUCAUUUACACUUUAGCGACAAUACUUACUUGUUCUACCACAAAAUGAUUAGCGCUGUGAAAGUUACCCAAGGUAGGUCAUUGUGCAAAGUAGAUGCAACAUUAUUGUUGUGCAGGUGAAAGUACUGCAAUGCAGCUGCAAGUACUGCAUGUUCUCAGAGGAUACUGACAAAGACGUGCAUGUAGUAUGUCACAAGUGCAACAAAGCAGAUUUUUGUAUGAUUUCUCUCUUUAGAAAUCUAUUCCUUUACACCAGCUCGUGAGUAAAACUUUGUACAGUGUGUCAAAAUGUAUCUUUAAAAAUUUGCAUGAAUAAGACAACGGAAUGAAAAUAUCCUUUUAAUCGACCUCCAUCUCUCACUAAAGUACUACAAUGUGGAUGGCGACCGACCACUGAAUCUGAAAAGGUGCAUUUUUAUGUGGAACAAGACUGUUGAGUGAGAUAUUCAAUCAAACCCAAUCAGUGCAGAUUGUAGGAAGCAAUGAGAGUGGGCAUAAUGAAAAGAAAAUAAUUUCCUUACCUCAUGUAGUGCAGAAAUGAAUCCUAAUGCAGAAAAAUGAAAACAUUCCCGCAAACUGCACCUUGAAAAAGUGCUCAACAAUUACUUAAAUGUAUUUUUGAAAAAUCCACCUCACACUGGCUUGUAUUCAUCUAGAAUAAUUCCUACAGCACUAUGAGAUUGCACAUAAAUACCGUUACAGUCCACACACUCUUUUACAAACACAAUGCAUGACUGUACAUUCACUAAAAGGACAGUGUGUGCGACCAGUCAGAAGCUGCAGUCUCCCAUUGACCUGUCACAUUAAUUCUCUUCACUUUAACACUUGCACAGGGAGAAAUAGGGUGAAUUGCAAUCGCUUGACGCUGCUCGAUUCAAACCACGUUGCUCAUUUAUUUGUAUGCAGUUGAGUUUGGAUUUCUCCAAGGAAUGCGUGCUAAAAACCCGCGGCUCAGGUUUGUAAAAGCCCACAGUGUAUCUGAUGUAUCAUAAACUGGCGUUCAUUUCAGUCCAUCCCAAAACACUUUGAGCAACAUGUUUGAUGUUGCUGGUAUUUGUUGUUUCACAAAAUCACAUUUAGCACCCCAGGUAACUAUAAAAAGGGGUUUUAAGAUCUUUUCACGACACAUGGUUUUAACUAAUGGACUCUCUACUUCCUUUGUUUUAAAUGUAAUCAUUUCUGAUUCUAUCAUCUCAGAAACCUACUCAUUUGUCCAGGAAUUUUCUGAAUGGACUGAAAUGCCUCCUAGAUGAUGACAAAUUAGAAGGGUUUUUUUAAACCAUGAGAAAUCAAACUCACCUGGAUUCAACUGUAAGAUAAAAAGAACACAUGACGUUUUUGCUGAAGUACUUCUCAGUAUUUACAUUUAGGGUUUGAUGGAGUGUGUUUUUUUUUUUUUUGUUUUUUUUUACUAUACAAUCAGUCAAAUGAUUGUGAUGUCAGUCCAUCAUGAUGCUACGUGCUGGUGGCUCCUCCAGCACUACUGAUGACAACAUACUCACAUAUACAGUAUAUUUACAUGUUCCUGCCUUUCAUUGUUAAUCCUACAACAUAACAUUACAUGUCAUUGUUUUUCUGUUUGGCACAAUGUAAUCUGUAAUCCCAACUCUCUAGUCUCUGUAGCCUCAUGCUGUAAAUUUUACAUCUGUCUCCUGAGCUAUGGUUUGACAAGCUUCCUGAUGAAAUGCUAUACACAUACCUGUCAAAGCAUUGCUUUGUGUUCAUACUAUGAAUUGUAUAUGUUGUUUAGUUGUCACCAUUGCCUUUUUGCAAUGUUGUUUUACAAUGCGUACUAAUAUAUUAUGGUUAUUACAUAUGAAUAUAUUUAAUGACACAAGACAUUGUGGAUUUUAUUGUCUUUUUCAAUUAUUUUUUUUUUUACUUGUUUGUGGUUGUUUAGAUUGUUGCCAUUAAAGAAGGAAAUAAUAACUACUGAACACACCAACCUGGUAGAACUAAAUUCAGAUUUUCAGUUGAAAUAAACUCUUGUUACAUUAAAAAACCAUUUGCCUCUGUUGAUUUGAAUAUAUACAUAUUUUAAUUUACUUAGUUAUUAAGUUAAUACUAAGGCAUAUAGUCAGUUUUUCUCCAUUUACUGGUUGCUACUUUAUAAUAUUACAAGUACAGUAGACAAAACAAUAUUAUGCAGAUUUGUAAAUAAGGAAGUGGUACUAAUGUGUCCAAGCUUUGUCAAAGGUCAACCCCAGCUAAAUAUCAUAUUAAAGAGCACUGCAAUCCUGCAGAGUAAGCCCUGAGCAUUAACGCAGACAGACAGGAGUCCAGGGACUAUAAACUGGAAAUGUCAUUUAUUAGAAAUUACAAGCUGAAUUGAUUUACAAGGAAGGAAAACAGCCAUGUUAGUAACACAGCCGAGCUGUUUGUUUUGGCUGAGAGCUAUUCUAUAAACAUAAUCCCAAGACAAAUGAUAACAUUACAUCUGCUACAGUAAUGCAUGGGUAAAUAUAAGUGAGUGUGAAUACUGCAAAGCUUGCGGAAUUCUUGUACCAAGUGUGAGCCUCAGCCCAGACCACAGACAGACUUAUGAAAGGAAAGCUCCUGCUACCUGCGGGAGGUCCUACUUUUGGGUCAACAUUCACCACAGUCCAGGCUAAAAAUAUUUUACAAACCUCCAAACAAUUUGAUACACUGUCAAUUUAAAGAGCCAGAUACUUGAACAACUAUAAAGAGGACAAUUUACACCUAAGCAAUAUAUUU